UCGAUAAAGCUUGGUGGUCGCGACCCGAAGCAGCUAGAGACGCACCUCGAUAGUUACUCGAGGCGCAACUCAAUUGCAGAAUUGAGAAUCUGACAAACGCCCGGUCAUAUAGUUUAUUUAUAAACAAAGCUGUAACGUUCACUGUACCUUCUCGCCUGACGCAAUUGGAAUCAGAUCGAAGACGAGAGAGAUACCGAGCCGGCGAAGAGGAGGAGCAAAGAUGAUCAAAGCGGUGAUGAUAAUGAAUACCCAAGGCAAACCUCGCCUAGCCAAAUUUUAUGAUUUUUUGACUGUGGAGAAGCAGCAGGAGCUUAUACGCAGUGUAUUUGGAGUUUUGUGCAGUAGAGCUGAGAAUGUUAGCAAUUUUAUGGAAGCUGAUUCUAUUUUUGGCCCGGACAGUCGUCUUGUUUACAAACACUAUGCAACCCUAUACUUUGUAUUUGUAUUUGAUGCUUGUGAAAAUGAGCUUGCUGUGCUCGAUCUUAUACAAGUUUUUGUAGAGACAUUGGACAAAUGCUUCAGAAAUGUAUGUGAGCUAGACAUUGUGUUCAAUUACAGCAAGCUGCAUACAAUUUUAGAUGAGAUAAUUUUUGGAGGUCAGGUGCUUGAAACAAGUGCUUCAGAAGUUAUGAAGGCUGUGGAAGAAAUAUCAAGGUUAGAAGCAUCCUCAAACUCCAUCCCAUUCACCAAAACUGUUUCCAGUUGGCGGGGCAGGUAGCAUGUUGAUAUAGAGAGAUGUUAAAAUUAUCAUACAGUUACUCAUCAAAAGCUGUAGCACUCAGACCUGAAGCUGUUUCCGAUAAGUCCCACAUGUAUGAUAAGCAAGCUGCUACAGUAGGCAUUUAUUUCUUUGCAUGGGUGAAUAUUUGAAAUGGUUGAUUGAGGAAAAGGUUCAUAGUGGGCUGCGAGAUUGCAAGUUGAGUAUAAAAUUGAAAAUCAAUUUCUUUUGCAUGCAGUUUUUUUUAUUCACUUGAUUAAGCUAGAUGGUUAAAUGUAUUGAAGCAUUUUCCCUUUUCUGGUUAAAAACAAUUAGAUCUUUUGGUAACAUUUAUGGUUAGUGUGACCAAUUGUAACAUCUGUUAAAUGCUUAUUGAUCAAUUUUAUUCAUAUCGCAAGUGCAGCAUC